UGCAGCUUUUCACUGUUUAAAUGUUCUUCAUCCAACAGAGACAAACUGCUGGAGGAAAAUAAUUCAUCUGACAGCAAAGAUGCAGUGGAGUCUGAUUCUGCUCUUCCUGAUGGCUCAGUGUUGUUUCAUGGACUGUCAGCUCUAUCAGUUUCACUACAUUAAUGAGAAUAAGACCUGGACUGAAGCUCAGCAGUACUGCAGAGAGAAACACACUGACCUGGUCACAGUGACUAACAUGAAGGACAUGAAGAGACUCAUCAACAUCUCAGCUGGAGAAAUGAAGGAAGCUUGGAUUGGUCUGUAUGAUCAAACACAUGGUACCAAAACUUGGUACUGGUCUCUGCCUGGAGUGGAGUUUAAUGAAAGUGAGACAAAAUGGAACCCAGGGGAACCAAAUGAUGCAGGAGGAAAUGAGAACUGUGUGAUGGUGAAUAAAAAUCUCAACUGGACAGACACCCAGUGCCGUAAUGGAUAUCAUUUCCUCUGCUAUAAUGAAACUAAUACAACCCACAAAUAUCACUUAAUUAAAGAGAUGAAGUCCUGGCAGGAAGCUCAGAGUUACUGCAGAGAGAAUCACACAGACCUGAUCAGUGGAACGAAGCAGCUACAGGAUGAAGAAGUGGAGAAAUUGAUGAACUCUACAAGCGAUCACACAUACAUUGGUCUGUUCAGAGACACCUGGAGGUGGUCAGAUGAAAGCAGUUUCUCUUUCAGACACUGGAAUCCAAUAUUUAACAAUCACAAUCCCAACAGUGGUCAAUGUGCCAUGACUAAGUUUGAUGGUGAAGGAAGAUGGACGGAUGUGAGCUGUGAUAAUAAAAAACCCUUCAUCUGUUAUGAUGAUAAAUUUAUCCUGAUCAAAGAAAAUAAAACCUGGGAGGACGCCUUGUACUACUGCAGAGAUCACCACCAUGACCUGGUCACCAUCACCAACAUGGAUGAUCAGAGAUGGAUCCAGGAGAAAGUCAAGAACGCAUCGACUGAUUAUGUCUGGAUGGGUCUGAGCUACGCCUGCACUCUGGAUUUGUGGUUCUGGGUCAGUGAUGAAGUGGUCAGAUAUCAGAACUGGGCCAAUGGUGAACCGAUGGACGAUUGUGACAUGUCUGGAGCCAUGGAGACGGGAGGAGGAUACAAAUGUUGA